ACAUAUACUUUAAAAUACGUUAGUAUAUUGCACUUGCAGCACUUGCUUACAGUUGAAAAUUUAGUCUUUGGUAUUGCACAGUUUCAUUGCAUUGCCUUUUGGUAUAUAAAGAUGAAGAUGAAAUUGGUUAGAGCUUAUUUAAAGAAAAAAUCUGUAGGAGUAAUUGAAACCAGGACAAGUGAUUCUAAAAUUAUAAUUGAUGACAUUGGUGUAGAACUAAUUGUUAUUUUCUCUGGAUCCAUGAAAGCUGAUGUUGAUAAAAGGAAAGAAAUUCAUCAGAAAUUAAUAAAUAAAACUGAUUCUAUACAGCCGGGACGCCAAGAAAAUGAGUAUUGUGAGCCUACUUUUACAAAAGAUGUACAAAGAGAAGUGUUUGAUGAAUUAGACAUUCAAUAUUUUGUCUGUGAGUAUAAUCAUAGUGAAGCUCUCAUAAGUUUAGCUAUUGACUAUAAUAUGCCAUUAUUAACCAAUAAUUUUGAGUAUUGUCUAUUUGGAGUUACAUGCAUUGUACCAAAUUCAAUUGUGUUUGAUGACAACGGCAUUAGAUGCACUGUGUACAAACCGAACCGAAAACUAUUCCCUUUCUCAAUAGAAAUGAUGUCUAUUUUGUUAGCAAUAUCUGAUGAAGAUAGUUCAUACUACCAACACAUCCCUGGAAUACUUAAAUGCCACGAGAAAUUAACUUUUGUUUCUGCACAGCAUUGGAUCCGCAAGCAAAAUAAAAAAAGUGCUAUUAAUACACUCACUAAAUAUUUAAAACCAACAGAUAAGCAAGAACUACUUGAAACCAUUUCCUAUAUGGAGAAACUAUUCAAGCAUAGUAGUUGCUUAGUUGACAGUUUAUAUUGCAAUCGUCACUCCUUUCAUCCAACAUGGAUUGAUACCACUAACACAAAGUGGUUUGAAACAGCUGUGGCGACGGGUCUGAUAGCUAUUCCCUACAUAAAUUUAAAAAAUAAUAACAGUUUUUCCGGUUCUUGGCUAAUUGUUGAUAAGAAUAGAGAUGAUGCAAUGUUAGUUGCAUUAGAUCUAGUUUUCUAUGCAUUGGGGCUGUUGACCAAUUCUACAGAUUUGAAAAUUUCUUUCAUUGGUCGUAAAUUUUCUUUGAGUAUCAAUUGGGAUAUAGAAAAGAAAUUACCAUCUCGUAGAGCAUUGCUUAUGUUUAGGAGCAACAGUGAUUUAAACUCUGCUGAACUUUUCAGGGUUAUAAUUCAUGAGUUAAUGAAUGGAUUUGACUUUGUAACCUUAGACAGUAUUUCAAGAGACUGCCACAUGAUUAUAAUUGCUCUUGUUUACUACAGUCGUAAGAACAAAGAUUUUCAAAACGGUGUUUAUAGUAUACUGCUAUCGUAUUUCAUGUUGGGACCAAUUGGUAAACAAGUAGGUAUGUUAAAGAAAAGCAAUUUUGCGGUGACGCAUAAUACAGGUGAUAAAACAAAGGACCGAUACGUGAUGGUUGCGAACGCUUUUAUCGAUUUGUUUUACCUAAACGAGUCAAGUUUAAAAACUAUUUUUAAUCGUAACAUUUUGCAUAAUAUCGCUGAAUUUGAACAUUGUUUGCAACAUGUUAAUUUCUUGAAUAAAUUGUGCGGUGAAGUAACGAUGUGUACAAUGUAUCACAAAGCUGUAAAUGCUACAUUCGUUCAUAAUCUAUAUUAUACAUUAACAAAAGAGAAGAACCCGUUGGAGUAUUUGAAGAGCCGCAUCAAUUGUGAAUCAAUCUAUUUGGAGUAUGAAAAUUUGAUAAGGGUUUUUGAGAAAUGUCUUCAUUCGGUCAAGUAGUAACACAAUCCACUCUUGAGAUAGAAGUUUAUUUCAUUUCAUUAUAGUUUUUUUAUAUAUUUUUCGAAUCGAAAUAAAAGUAUUUUUAUUCAUCUGUUAUAUGUGUUGUAAUUUGGCGUGCAUUUACCGCUUAUAUUAGGACGAAAUAUCAUGAAAUCGACACUAAAUUGAUAUGAUAACGUACAGUAUACAACUAAAUAAGUUUAAAAGAUUAUAGUUUUUAUUUUACAUAUUAAACAUGUGGAUUUUAUUUAAAUUAUCUUAAUAAUAUGUUCCAAUGUGAGGCUAGAGAAAGACAGGGUUUUUUAAUUGAUAAUGUAUUUAAUGAAUUUUAAUAGAAUAUGAAUUGUAAAUGAAUUGUUCCAUAUCCAGUAUAUGGAUUUUUAAGACGCUAAUAAGGAGAUUGGAGCGUUUUAUUCUUCGGUUUAAGGUAAAAGACCAAGUGAAAAGCAAUGUUCUACGAAGCCCAGGACAUUAUUAACAGACGUAAAACAUUUAAAAUUAAAGUCAAAUUGGGCUGGUCUGCGAUGGCAGAUGGUUCAAAAAUUACGCUACUUUGAAUGGCAGUGGGAAGAAAAAUGCGAGGAUCUCUUUUCUGGUGGGCAGAAGAGUGCGGGAAAAUAUUGGUAUUUCUAAGGAUCUAGUAUUAAAUAUAUAGUAAGUGGGUUAUUGAAGGAUAGGCAUCGUUUUACGUAAUUAGAAGCCGUCUGUGGCUUGGUAUAACCAGGAAUCGUUCUAGGGCUUCCGAGUUUAAUCCUUAUGAGUAUGUGUAGGAGUCCUUACAUGAAUAAAUUACGAUGUUUAAUGUUUAAAGAACUUUAUUUCUCAUUACAAAAAAAUACAUGAGAAACUUAUUAUUAAUAUGUAUAUACGAGCGAAUACACGUCGCCAUAAGCCAACUCGAUUUUAGUCAACUAUGUUCACUCUAACAUGCAUCUUUACUGCCUUUUUGAAUUUGUCAAACGUACCAAUAUUGCAAAUUUUAUAUGGUAAUUGAUUAAAUAAUUGCACAUCAUCAUACCAAAUAGGUAAAGUUUAAGGGUUUACCUUGGUAUAUUAUUGAUUAUUACAAACUACUCUAAGUAAGUCUAAUUAUAUAAAGUUUCAUGUAGUUAUUUAAUUCAAAGCACUGAAAACAGAAAUAUUUAAUUUACGUUUGGAUAUAUUUUAAGCUAGUGUAUGUGUGUUUAAAUGGUC